GGUGCUGGCAGUGUGGACCGGUGAGACCGAUCAUUUGGGAGUCCGGUGGGGUCCGGUCACCGGUGGAGGAGAAAAUGCCACGCAGAGCACGACAAGCGGGCACUGAAGAUGAUGCCGCAGUACCCACCAAAAUACAGCCUUCAUCAACCAAGCCUCCUCUGGAUUUCAGCACACCACAAAGCCUCUUUGAAAGCUUUAUUGCCCCAGUGACAAGAGAUGAAUUCUUCAGCACUUACUGGGAGAAGAAGCCAUUGUUAAUCCAGAGGAGUGACCCCAAUGUGCAGACUUACUAUCAGUCCCUGUUCCCAAUGCAGGGCUUAAAACAUGCCAGCGGGCAAGGAAUUUACUAUGGCAGAGAUGUGAACUUGUGCAAGUGUAAGGACGGGAAGAAAGUGCUCUUAUCAAGGCGGGGGAAAGCUAGCUACAACGAGAUCAUGAAAAGCUUCCGAAAUGCCAAGGCAACAAUACAGUUUCAUCAACCCCAAAGAUACAAUGACAAGCUGUGGCAGAUUAUGGAGAAGCUUGAAUGUUUCUUUGGCACAUUAGUUGGAUGUAAUGUGUAUAUCACACCAUCAGAUUCUCAGGGCCUGCCGGCUCACCAUGAUGAUGUAGAGGUCUUUAUCCUUCAGGUGGAGGGUGAGAAGCAUUGGCGGCUCUAUGAACCCAUCGUUCCCCUGGCUAGAGAGUACGAUGUGGCCCCUCUGGACAAGGUCACAACGCCCACUCAUGAAUUCUUAUUAAAGGAAGGUGACAUGCUGUAUUUUCCCCGAGGAGUGAUUCAUCAAGCUGACACCCCAGCAGGUUCCUCACAUUCUACUCAUGUGACCAUCAGCGCCUAUCAGAACACCUCUUGGGCAGACUAUCUGCAGGACCUGAUGCCUGCACUCCUACGUGAUGCAGCGAAGGAAAAUGUGGACCUGCGAAAAGGCAUUCCUCUACAACAAUUAUUGCGUGUAGGUCCUACUAGUGCAGGCAGCACAUUGGCUGGUCUCUUAAAGGACUUGGCUAAUCGUAUAGAUGGAGGAUGUCAGCUGCGUACAUGUGAAAUGCUGCGGGACUUCAUGGGACAUAGACUGCCACCCUUUGUGGAAGCAAACGCAGAGAAAUCAGUCCAUCCUCCAAACCUAAAGAGCACGAUCAGAUUGAAGUAUCCGGAUUAUGCUGCCAUCACAGUAGAUCACGUGCCAAAGAUGCUGGAUCCCACAGAAGAAUUGGUGAUCUAUGUCUUCCAUGCCUUGAACAACAACAGGGAAUCUCAUAUGGUCUCGGACACUGAAGAAAGCCCUCCAGUGAGCGGUCUUCGUUUCCCUUUGUCUCACAUGGAUGCACUGAAAGCAAUCUGGGAGAACAAGCUUCUGCAUGUUAAAGACCUUCCUCUGGAGGGUGACCGUGACAAGGAGAACCUGGCUAUCUCUCUGUGGUCUGAGGGUCUUAUUGAGAAUGUCCACACCGUGGGCUGAACGUAACACUGCCUCCAUAACGCCAGCCCAGACCAUGAUCUGCCUCCUAGUGAAACAGGACCAUUGCUGCUGGGUUUUAUAGUGUGAUUGCUCGGUCUCGCUACAACCAAAAGCAAAAAAUAAUUCAAUUGAUGUUUUCAAUGG